ACAUUACUGUUAUCAUCUGCUCCUAUGUACUCUAGAGCUUAUUCCCAUUGCCCACAGCAAUGUCUACGGAAGUCACGGCUCGUACGGUUCCGCCGUAUAAUCAUUUUACGCAAAUUGGUGACCCUGUGCUGCGAGUCCGUGCCGAGGAAGUUCCACCGGAACGUUUGGACAGCCAAGAAAUUAAUGAUAUUGUGGACCAAAUGGUAAAGGUGUUACGGCACUACGACUGUGUGGGAGUAGCAGCACCUCAAUUGGGCGUGCCACUGCGUAUUAUUGUAAUGGAGUUUCGCGAGGGCAAGCGAAGGCAGUUCACGGCCGAAGACUACGAGCAGCGAAAGAUGUCGCCACUGCCGCUAAGCGUCUUUAUCAAUCCAAUGAUUGAGAUAAUCAGUGAUACGCAGCACACGCAUCCCGAGGGCUGCAUGAGCGUGCGUGGUUUCUCUGGCCAAGUGGCUCGAUAUGAUCGUGUCCGAGUCACCGGCAUUGGAAUGCUUGGAACACCUUCAAAGCUUGAACUUGUGGGUUGGAGCGCGCGCAUAGCGCAACAUGAAAUGGAUCAUUUGAACGGCAUUGUUUACGUUGACCGUAUGGACGUUUCUAGCUUUACUUGCAUUAAUUGGCCUCAUAUUAAUGCAAGUGGAGGACGCGCCGUGAUAGCGUUCGAUAAAUAAACAUUUAAAAGUAUAUCAAAAUAAUUAUAAUUACAAAAACAAAACUUUUCUACAGCUGGUUCACGGUUCACAUUCAUGCUGCGAACUAAUUCAAAACAAACUAUCGUAUAAAACGCACGGUAACAAUCGAUAUAUUUCUUCGUCAGCCCUGGCUAAAGUAAACCGGCUUAUUUUACGUGGUAAAUGCGAGAGUUUAGAGUUUUAAAUUGAAACACAAUUGUUAAAUAUAUUAUAGUUAGUCGCAGGUAAAAAAUUGUUAAUAAUAAUUUCAUUGAUUAUUUGGUUAACAUAUUAUGAUAAAC